AUGUAUGAUGUUCGUGUCGCCCAGGAAGAAAUGGACACACUGCCGAAAAGAACUGAUUGCCACCUCUAUUUGCCUUACAAAGAAGGGACCAGUCAUACCAGACACAUGUGCGCUGUUCGCCGCAAUAAUCAUGAUGUUAUUCCCCAUAUUCCAGGACAGUGGUUUCCACAUGCAGACGACCCAGAAUGUCAUCCAUUCUACUGCGCUUCCAUGCUCGCCCUCCUUACGCCUUGGAGAAAUAUAGUAGACGUCAAAAAAACUGACGAAGGUUUUACUUCGGCAUUCGAACGCUUCAUGCUUAACGCUUCUUUGACGUCUUGUGAUAUUGUCAAUAACAUUCAGUAUUUUCACGAGUGUUCUGACAAGGCUAAAGAACGCGAGUCUGUUUCUCAAACAACUUCUCAAGAAACUGUGGAUCCUCACCGAUUUGAUGAAAACUCCUUAGCUGAAGAAGAAAGUCAUGAUAUGGAUCCUGUCACUCCAAGCUGUAUUUCUGAGGAAGACAUUGUCCGAGCAACCUGA